AUGGCCUCCUCUUUGUCAGCUUGUCUUCAUGUUAUCCUCAUGUCAGCAGAAUUUAUCACAGGGAUUACAGUAAAUGGAUUUCUUAUAAUCAUCAACUGUAAUGAAUUGGUCAAAAGCAGAAAGCUAACACCAAUGCAACUCCUUUUCAUAUGCAUAGGGAUGUCUAGAUUUGGUUUGCAGAUGGUGUUAAUGGUAAAGUUUUUUCUCAUCCCCUUUCCACUCUUUUAUAGAGUAAAAAUUUAUGGUACAGCGAAUUUUUUUUGGAUGUUUUUCAGCUCUGUCAGUCUCUGGUUUGCCACCUGUCUCUCUGUAUUUUACUGCCUCAAGAUAACACACUUCACCCAGUACUGUUUUCUUUGGCUGAAAUUCAGGAUCUCAAAGUUAAUGCCUUGGCUGCUUCUGGGAAGCCUGUUGACCUCCGUGAGCAUUGCAGCUCUGUGUGUCAAGGUGGAUUACCCUAAAAAUGUGGAUAUUGAUGUCCUCAGGGAUGCCAUGCUAAAGCGGACUAAACUCAAGACAAAGCAGAUUAAUGAAGUGCUUCUUGUCAACUUGGCAUUAAUAUUUCCUCUGGCCAUAUCUGUGAUGUGAACUGUUACGUUAUUCAUUUCUCUCUAUAAGCACGCUCAUCGGAUGCAAAAUGGACCUCUUGGUUUUAGAAACGCCAGCACUGAAGCCCAUAUUAAUACAUUAAGAUCAGUGAUAACAUUCUUUUGCUUCUUUAUUUCUUAUUUUGCUGGCUUCAUGGCAAAUAUGACAUUCAGUAUUCCUUAUGGGAGUCAGUGCUUCUUUGUGGUUAAGGACAUAAUGGCAGCAUAUCCCUCUGGCCAUUCGGUUAUAAUGAUCUUGAGUAAUUCUAAGUUCCAACAACCAAUCAGGAGACUUCUGUGCCUCAGAAAGAAUCAAUGA